AUGCCGGAUUAUUUAGGAAAAGAUCAAAGGAAAAUUAAAGACGACGAGAAAAAAGACGAUAAGCCAAUCCAAGGUGCGAGUGAUACUUUGAAUCAUACCAAAUCACGACGGGACUUAUUAGUAACACGAUUGACAUCUUUCUCACUACGAUUGCACAUGGAAACAAGAAUUCAGGUCUUUCAUUAAAAAUUUUAUUGUCAUUUUUGCCUCUUCUAGCUCUUGAUGAAGGAGAUAUCGAAAUUCUAAAGACAUACGUAAGUACAUCAAAUGUAUCGACUUUUAUGUAAAGCGUAACAGGAUUUUAUAUUUUUGCAUGGCUUAAUAUGGCUUGAUAUGUUCAGGAAAUUUGUUUAGGUUCAGUUUCAAUAUCCUUGGCUUGAAUUUUAUUUUAUUUUUCCGAGGUAUAGUAACGUAUGAUGAUCAAUUUGAAACAAAGGAAAGUAAAUUUAAACCACGAAUAAAACUAAACCACAACAUGUAUACUGACAUAAGCUUAUUAUUAUAUGCUUGUCAAUAAUAUUAUGGUUUGUCACUUCUGACUAUUAUUGAAGAUUACAGUCAUGUUUAUCUCACUUUAGCACAGUUUCUUAAGUUAAUGCAUAGUAGGAUGUUGCAUACUGUUGAAAACUUGUAAUCCCUGCCUAAACUGUUAUGCCAGGUGUAUUUAAUCAAUAGAAAUCAAUAUCAGAAAAUAAUAAAUAAGCCAAAGUUUGAACAUUUUUUGGUAAAAUGGCUUUUUUUUAGAAAACAUAAUGGUUUCAGCAACCUCUCACUUCAUAUUGUAUUUUUUUCCAUGUGUGUGUUGUUAUUUUUCCUAAGUGACACUGACACUGACCUGGUUUUGUGAUAGACUGUUAGGAGCAUAUACAUGUAUUGCUUGCUGGAAAUGUUGUUGCCUCAAGAUGAUCUACAGCUGUAUAUCAUCAUGAGUGGGUUAAAUGGGUGACAAAUUAUGAAACUGCUGCAAAUAUUGUUACCUUAAGAUGAGCUACAUCAUUAUGAGUGAGUUAAAUGAGUGACAAAUUAUGAAAGAAUGAAUGAAAUGUUGUGGGUGAGAGGACAACAAUUGUGCCCUCUUUACAUUUCAAAUAUCAACAUGUUAACAGGUUGCUUGGAUGUCAGCACACAAGGGCACCACUGCUAGAUGCAUCUGUCCACUUAUGAGUUUACUGUAACCCACCUAGCACAUGAUAUGAGUGAAGUGUGUGAAAAGUAGACCACACCACCGGGGAAACUUCCCCUCCUCUUUUUGAUUGGUAGUUGCCAUUGGGUUGUUUUACAUCCCUUUCGAUCCGACUAAUGAUAGAAGGAUGAAGAAGACAAGGCCAAUAGCCUAAUAUCACUAUAGUCCAAUGAUUCGAUCAUCUGAACUGAGUUUUUUAGAGACCCUGGUCAUUUGUUUGGAUAGGGUUUGAACCCACAACCUCCCUCUCGGCCGACUGGCACUCUCUCAACUGAGCUAAUCAGGUGUCAGAUAUUGUAAAUAACAGUAUGAGUAUUAAUGAUAAUUUUUAUAAACUGACUAAACCCCUUUUCUUUCUACUGAUUAAGAGGGUUUUUUAAAACUGUUUAAUUACUGACUAGAGGUAUAUACCCUAUUGACAUGCAAGAGCUGUUGCAAAAUACUGUACAUGAUAGGACUAUGGUUACAAAAUAUUUCUGUCUUUCCUGGCUGUGUUUUCAAACAGGGUGCUGGUUUAUACAGCAGAUCAAUAAAAAAAGUGGAAGAUGAUAUUCAAGGAGCACUAAAGAAAGUGAAUGAAUUAACAGGUAGAAAUAUAAUUUGUUAUAUUUAAAGAAGCUACCACUGUGAAGAAUACUAUGUACUUACUGUGUGAGUGGGAGGUACAGACAGAAAAAUAUUUGGCUCUAGGUCAGCCCUCCUGACUGAGAACCAAAUAUUUUUCCAUCCGGCCCAACCUACUUAUUGUAUGACUGUAGUUUUUUUGAAUUUUUCUGAUGGAGCGAACAAGCAUCAAUCAGUAUGUUUAUCUAGCAAGGCCAUAUGCAUUUUUCCAGCCCUAUCUCUUGAUGCAUACAUUCCUCAUACAGACAUUUUUUCAUAUGGUUUUCUAACAAAAAUUAAUUCCGCACGGGUCCAUAAGGGUCAUAUGAUAAAGAUAUAUAUUCAACAAGCUUUGGCCUGUUUGACUGAAUUGUUCUUAAUCUGGAAUGGUUUGAAAGGUCUCUCUGCCCGGCACAAGUUAAAUGUCUGUAAAAAGUGAUGACAUUACAAGUUGUACAAGAGGUAGUCAUGGAUGGUUCAGAUGUUAAUGGGCCAAUCCUAGACCAUAUUUACUCCCCAUGGUCUUUCCCUUUUUCUUGUUUUACUCUGAAACAUGAAGGGAGCUUGAGAUCACCAUUGAACUAAAAUUUAUACAUGUACAAAGUACUAUGGAGCCUUUAAAGAUCUUUAAAAAAACUAAGACCUAACUCAUUUGACAAUUGAAUAAACUGUUGUUGUUGUUGUUGUUGUUGUUAAGAAACUCAUCACCUUUAGUCAGCUCCUUUUGUUGGUAUUUAUUCUGAAUUAGAUCAGGUCCCACUUGUUCAAAAGCUGGAUAGCACUAUCCAAUGGAUAAAUCUUUAUCCAAUGGAUAGCGCAAUUGGUUUCCCUGAUAUUUAUCCACUGGAUAGAGAUUUAUCCGAUGGAUAGCGCUAUCCAGCUUUUGAACAACUGGGGCCUGUUCUUUAUUUACAAUUCAUGUAGCCUGAACAUGUAGUCAAUGUUAAUUUUGUUUGUUUUCAGGUAUAAAAGAAUCAGACACCGGCUUAGCUCCUCCAGCUUUAUGGGACUUAGCAGCUGAUAAACAAACACUUCAGGGAGAGCAGCCUUUGCAGGUAUUUAAUAUAAUAAACACGUGCUGAAAAUAAAUACCUUAUUUGAUCAAAAUAAGGAAGAUCGAGCUGAGACUGUCAAUGUACAGUUAUUUUCACCGUUAUCACAUGUUUCAUUAAUUCACUACUGCCUGUUGAUGCAUGGUGAUGUUUAUAGACUCUGUCCACAGCUUCUUGGAACCCUCUUGUGCUUUGGAAUAAUUACCACUCAGGGUACGCCAAAACCUAUGUCUGAUUGUCUGGGACAGGUAGAAAUACAGUUCUGACAAGUAAACCUUUGACAUAACUUGAUUAAUUAGAAAAAAUACAGAAACAGAUAAAAGUUGACUUCAAAUUACAGCAGAAUUAAAAUUUAUUUUAUAGUCAUAAAAGCAAACCUCUUGCUUGUCAAAAUAAGGUUAAAUAUUCCUUUAAAACUUUGUUAUUCCACAGCCAUUUCAAUCAUUUGUUUUUUUAUGAGCUCCAUUUGGCUUAGGAACCUGUCCUUAGUAACCAGGCCUGUUAGCUUACCUACAAAAAGGCUGAUUAUGUGAUAAUAAGCAGUAAAAUAUAUGCCCGACUGUUUUUGAGUUUUGAGCAAAACUUUUUGGACAAGAACCCUUGGGUUUCGGACAACCAAAUUUAAUAUAGUGCUUGUCCAAAGGACAAGUGGAUAAGAAAAUUUUUGGCGCACCCUGGCCACUCAGUAACUGUCUCAUUUGUUUGCAAGUUAAUUAUUACUGAGCACUCAUUUAUUUUAUGUGUUGUCUUAUCUCUGUCAGGUUGCAAGGUGUACAAAGAUAAUAAAUGCAGACACUGAUGAUGCUAAGUAUGUGAUAAAUGUUAAACAGUUUGCCAAGUUUGUGGUUGAUCUUGGUGAUCAAGUGGCUCCCACAGAUAUUGAAGAAGGAAUGCGAGUUGGGUAUGAUCCACAUCACAUUCAAUAAACAAGAUGUGUAAAUCCUGUUUAAUUAGAAAUACAUGGCUGUUUUGCAGUUAAGGCAAAAUUAAGCUUGAGUAAGUGCGAUGUGGUGUCUUGUUUGCAAAGUAGGGUAGUCAAGUAGUUUGGCUGGCUAGAGGUCUGUUUCUUGAAAGUCCCAGUAACUUUUCGCGGCCAUAAAUCAAAUAUUCAAAUCAAAAGCUGAUCAAAGAAGUGUUGGUCCUAGCUAACAAAACUGAUACAGUGUAGUUUUUUCAUUUUAAUAUUAUCUGCAACACUAUUGAAACUCUUAGUCUUGAAUGUAAAUAACAACAACUUUCCGGAACUGUUAUUUAUCAGGACUAUUAAGAAAUUUACCCCAGGGCCCUUGCACUUCAUUUUGUCCCCCCUCCCACCACCCCCCUCAGGUAUACAAGCAUAUCACUCUGAUGGUGACUCAUAAGCUUGCCAUGGUAACCGCUUAUGGUUGUCAUUGCAUGUGACUAAAGCAGUCUUUCAGGCAAUGGAAGGUUGCUGGUUUUAGACAUCUUCAAUGCAUCUUGCCACAUGCAUUAUGCUUUUUUCCCUAUUUUCAGAGUUGAUAGAAACAAGUACCAAAUUCACAUUCCCCUCCCACCGAAGAUUGAUCCAACUGUUACAAUGAUGCAGGUAAUCUACUGAGUAUAAGAUGUUUGCAGUACAUAUAUCUACAUGUAGCUUAUGGUUGCCACAGUGAGGGAAUUUUAAGUCAUAGAAUAAUGAAAUUUUUUUAAGUUCAGGGAAUAGUCAAUAAAUUUUAUUUUAAAGACACCUUCCAAGCUGAUUAAAGAUCAUAAAAAAGCCAUUUUCUUAAAGAAAAAGUAUGGUUGGUCAUUCAAGCAUGUUCACAAUACAAAGUUUUGAACAAAAAAGAAAACAAAAAACUAUGGGCACCAGGAUAUUUCAGUAGUGUUAUUGUGUUAGGAGGAAAAUUUCAACCUGUGUGCCCAAGAUAACUAAACCACAAACAGUAACAGUGCAAUAUUUAGUAUCGUGAUGUCCAAUAUGAUUGUAUUGUUGGUCAUGAGACUGUGAACUUUUCUUAUAUAAUCCAGGUGUUCUUGGUUAGAUUCAUGUAAUUUGAAACUAGAAUUUAAAGUAAGUGGUUCAAAGGUUUCUUCAAAAAUAAAAUCUUUCACUUGUGAUGUACAUUUAUCCCGUAGGUGGAAGAGAAGCCAGAUGUGACAUACUCUGAUGUAGGAGGCUGCAAGGAACAGAUAAACAAACUACGAGAAGUUGUAGAAACUCCACUGCUUCAUGUAAAGAGCAUCAGUUUGUAUUAUCGUAGUAUCAUACCUUUAAGGCAUAAGAGCAACCAACAUCAAUUUUCUCCUAACUACAUCAAUGCAUCAUCAAAAGAAAAGGUUGGGAGAAUUAACAAAAUGAUGAACAAAGGAGAUAUGCUUUGAUCUUCUAUCAAGUUCUCUCAACUAAUUCUAUAAGGCAAUGUAUGAGCACUAGUUUGGAGAAUUGGAUAUUGAGGCUUAAAGGGUUAUAUGGGACUACCAGUUAACCCUUCAACCAACAUCAAUUUUCUCCUAACAGUAUGAAGACAUAAUUAAAAGAAAAGUUUAUGAGAAUGUAUAAAAUGAUCACCUAAGGGAAAAUGCAUUUUGAUCUUUGAACAAAUUCUCUCAACUAAUUCUGUAAGGAAAUGUAUGGAGAUCAGUUUGGAGAAUUUGUAUGUUAAUAUUGUGGCUUAAAGGGUUAAAUGUCCCUGAUUCACUCAUGAUUGUAUGUUGAAUUCUAGUGUGGCCUGACCACUUAGAGAAUAAAAAUUUAAUCAACAUUUUCCCACAGCACUGUACAGGUAUUUACCUGGGUUUGCCUAUUUUUCUCUGCAGCCUGAACGGUUUGUGAAUUUAGGCAUAGAACCUCCCAAGGGAGUUUUGUUAUAUGGACCACCUGGUACAGGGAAGACUCUCUGCGCAAGAGCUGUGGCAAACAGGACUGAUGCCUGUUUUAUCAGAGUGAUUGGAUCUGAGCUGGUGCAAAAAUAUGUUGGAGAGGUUAGUGAUAGUGAUUUGAAUUGGUACGCUUUCUGCAUUUUGCAAAAUAAUAUUUUAAAUCGUUGAAGAGUCACUUUUAACUCACAGUUGCUAAUACUUUUAUUAAAAUUGAACUCAAACUUCACUAAAGGGGCCCUGUUUCUUGACUUGACAAGCAAUUCCUGCUUACUCUAGAUGGAUGAAUUAACACAAUAAUUACUACCUCUACAUGCACCUCGCCUCGCCUCAUUACGAUCUGUUCAAUAAGGACUUUACACAUCUUCGCCAACUGCUACUGUUAUCUUAAAAAGUGUGUUUAGUUUCAGUCGUGAUAUUUCUUUUUAUGGGGAUUGGACAUAAAACCUUGCCCGACCCCCAAUUUGGAGGGCCAGGCAUUGCAAGUCAAUUGGUCUUUCACCCAAACCUGUCCAGCACGUUUAAACCUUCCAGGGACUGAGGUCCAACUACUAUGGCUUCCCUUGAUCAUAAAAACCUUCCCGCUGCAUUAAGGAAAAACACUCAUCAACACUAUAGCACAGAUUGAAAAUGACAACAUUUUCUUCCCCUUUUGUCAUUCCUCAGGGUGCAAGAAUGGUGCGUGAAUUGUUUGAAAUGGCCAGAACAAAGAAAGCCUGCAUUAUUUUCUUUGAUGAAAUUGAUGCUAUUGGAGGUAUGUCAUCAAUUUUUGUGCAUAAAGAAGGACAGAAUUUCUGCUGAAGAGCUCUUAAAAUCUGUUACUAACAAGGCUGGGGAUUAUUGUAUCAGUUUUACUUGAUUUGCCUAUCCACAUCAACCACACUAGAAAACUAUUUUCAAUUUGCACAAACGUUAAGCACUUUCAAAGACAUUCUACCAACUUAAUGGAAAACAAGCUGCCUUUGUGUUAUUACAGGUAUUUAGUGCAGUGAUUCCUUAAGCCUUUGUCCAAGAUUUUAUGGUUUAUUUUUUUUACUAUCUGCCAGGCACUCGAUUUGAUGAUGGCGCUGGUGGUGAUAACGAGGUUCAAAGAACAAUGUUGGAACUUAUUAAUCAACUUGAUGGGUUUGAUCCACGAGGAAACAUCAAGGUUCUUAUGGCAACAAAUCGGUAAGUAUAGGGAGUUGAGGCAACCACGUUUUUGAGUGAGGCGUGUCAACCGGCAUUGAACUUUUUGAACUCUUCAGCUGUGAUUUUUGAAAAACCUCUUGGGUAAUGACGCUUAGUAAUACAAAUUUCGUAGCCUUACGGCAUAUUAAAAGAGAACAAGGCUCACUUCCGGUUGACGUUUGUCGCUCAAAAAAGUCACUGACUUGUCACUUCAUGACUUUCAUUCCAAAAUUUCACUUUUUUGUUAAAUACUUCUAAUAUUUUCACUCGACUGAAAUUUACAAACAAAUGCCCAAAUUAGCCUCCGGUACGACCUUAAACGGCUCCCGAAUAUUUAUUUAUCGCCCCAUGUAAGGUAAUCCGGGUUCCGGAAGCCGGGAAAGUUUCGCUUGGGGAAUGCGGAAUCCUGGGCUUUGGAAUCCGGAAUUCAGUUCAAGGAAUCCGAAAUCCCACUAACGAUUGGAAUCCAGAAUCUACAGCUUGGAAUCCAGAAUCCAAGACUGUCUUGGAUUCCCUCACUUGGGACGAUAUGUACAGUGAAACCCUUCUUGAAAAAGAGAGUUUCAUAAUGACGUAAGGCCUGUCCCUAAUAGACACCACAGCGAUGGCCCAAGGAUCCUUACUACAAAAGUGGCCCUAUUUUAGAGGUAUGGAUUGUAGUGCAGUUUUGUUCACUUAGAGAGCUGUUGGUAAUAGAGUGUUAUAACGUUAACGCUUAGCGACAAUACAACUGUGUAAUGGUGCACUUUUAUUUCAGACCAGAUACUCUUGAUCCUGCACUGACCAGGCCAGGAAGACUGGACAGAAAAAUUGAAUUUAGUCUACCUGAUUUAGAGGUAUUUCAUUAGCUUUUUUAAGUAUCUUAAGCUUUUAACGUUCUGGUGUAGUAAUGCAAAGCUGUCAGGAUCCCCUCAAAAAGGUUCAGAAGAAUACGGUUGGAAAGAAAAUGGAAGACGACUUUUUUGGUCGUUUUAGCGGAAACUUCGCUUGAGGAGCGGAACAUCUGAAAAGGUACACCUGGUUUUCGGGACAAAAUGUUCUAAACGGAAAUUCGUGCUCAAUUUCUUCAAAGCCAUCCUUGGUACAGUUUCAGACUUUCGCGGCCGUUUUUUGGUAAAAGGAACUGGGACGAAAUUUACCAGUCUUUUACGUCAAGCGCGGGAACUGUGUAGGGCAGCCUACGAUCGUGAUAUGCAGCGGAAUUCUUGACCAUUCACAAAGAGCAAGUGCGAAAUUAAACGUAACUUUGUUUAAAAUUGCUGACAGGGUGAACGAUAUUUCUUUUGUCUCCACACAGGGUAGAUCUCACAUAUUUAAAAUCCACGCCCGUUCCAUGAGUGUGGAGCGGGAUAUUAGAUAUGAGUUAUUGGCCCGUCUUUGCCCCAACACAACGGGUGAGUAAAAACAGCCUAGUACUUGAAAUUACCGCGGACGAAAGAGGUUUCAUUUGAAUGGUAACACCGUAGGAUUUCAUUCGCAGGCUCAAAAGUUAGAACUACAUACUAAAUAGAUAGUACCAUGUGAAGUGGUGAAAGUGCUGCUGAAGAGGUUUCAUUUGAAUGGUAACAUCAUAGGAUUUCAUUCACAGACUCAAAAGUUAGAACUACAUACUAAAUAAAUAGUACCAUCUAAAGGUACUGCUGAAGAGGUUUCAUUUGAAUGGAAACACCAUACGAUUUCAUCCAUAGACUCAAAAGUUAGUAGACUUACAUGUCAUAUUUUGACAGUCAAAGCGGAGACAAAUGGUUUUAGGAAUUAAUUUUAUAGGCUUAGUACAUUUGUGACUUAUUUGCCUUUAUCCUCUGUGGUGUUUCAGGAGCUGAAAUUCGCAGUGUUUGUACAGAGGCAGGCAUGUUCGCCAUUCGGUCACGAAGAAAAGUAAGUACCAAGGAGGAUCUUGUUUCCUUGUUCCCGAAAACGACGCUAAGAAAGUCAAUUUGCGUUCUUUUAAUCUUCAUUAGUACUGCUCCGUGACUUUCAUUUGAACGUAACAGUUUAGGGUUAUGUAUUUUUUCGAGGGAAAAACUGGCCAGUCUUAACUGUGACACAGAAAAAAAGCUUUGAGGACCCGAAAACACAGUCAUCGUUUUGGAAAAAGAAGGUAACUUAUUAAGGAUAUGAAAACUUAUUUUGGUUUUUGCUUUUGACAGGUUGCGACAGAGAAAGACUUCUUAGAAGCAGUGAACAAAGUGAUCAAAGCUUACGCGAAAUUCAGUGCCACUCCACGCUACAUGACCUACAACUGA